AUGGCUCAGAAGGCCCAAGCUGUAGCACGGCUGCAGCACCUCUACGCACUCAGUCCUAUUACUGCCAUUACUUUUCAUACCACCAGCUCUGGUCGUAUUCUUCUGCUUUCGGGUGAAGACACUUUUCUCAAAGUCUAUGAUGUCCAAACCACCCAGCUCCUCGGGCAGCUUAAAGUAUUCUACUCGCAACCUGUUCAUGGGAUUUACGCUCUUUACCCAGAUCAGGAAUAUUCAGAUGACCGGGACGGAAUUCUGAUAUGGGGCGGGCAGUCGGUGGCAGUUCUGUCUUGGACAGCUCUGGACGCACUCAUUGACGGAGAGAAGACCCUUCAGCCACACCAGUUUGAAGCGCCAGAUUGGAUUUACGACGGCAUCUUGAUUGGCUCACAGUGUAUACAUGGUGCUCUCGUCACCGCUCACAACGAGAUCCUCCCGUUUACGCUUGGCGUGGACAGGCAGUCUCUCACCUUCGGGCCCCUGACAUCCCCAUCACGGCCGAUCCUAUACUCGGCCAAGCUCUGUUUGCUAUCAUCUGGCGUUAUCCUCGUUGCAGGGGGUACCGUAUUUGGAGAGAUCAUUGUUUGGAAAUAUUACAUCGACCCAUCUAAACCCUCACGAUGGGAAGUCCUCUACGUCUUUACCGGUCACGAAGGAUCCAUAUUUGGGGUUGACAUUUCCCCUGAAAUAUGCAUUGCCCCUGACCUCAAAAUCAGGCUCCUUGCCAGCUGCAGCGAUGACAGGACCAUCCGGGUCUGGGACAUAACAGACCGUCCGCUUGCUGUUGGGGCCAAGGACGGGGACGAAAUUGAUUCCAAGACGCUUGCCGAGGCCCGAGAGACGGGAUUCGGCGGCAACUCAGAGGCAAAGCAAGGGAACCGCAACGACUCUUCGAGAUGCGUUGCCGUUGCCAUGGGCCAUGUCUCCAGGAUAUGGCAUGUCAAGUUCGCCAAUCGAACGAGCAGCUUCACAACCGUGGCCAACUCGAUAGAGAUGCACUCAUUUGGAGAGGACUGCUCGCGUCAGAAGUGGGAGCUUGCUUUGGAUCCGAAGCGUUGGCUGGGGACAUGUGAGGGCCGCCCGGGCGGGACAGUAGGUACUCUCCGACAUUGCACCACGGAGACUUGCCACAGCGGAAGGAACAUAUGGUCCGCUGCCGUUUUGACUAGGGAAGAUCAAGAGCCUCUCAUUGCCACAGGCGGUGCCGACGGGAAAAUCAUGGUUGCCGGAGGACUCGGGGUUGCAGGCCGUGUUUGUUCUCGGACAUACGAGGAUCUUGACCUUAGCCUGACCUUUGACGAUGUUUUGCGAGACCUCCGGGGCACCACCCAGGCCCCAGUGGAGUCCCUGACCAAAAAGAACGCGAAGCAUGCCUUCCAACGCUACGCUUUCUUGUCAGACCGCAAAGUCAUGGCAACCAAGGCAUCGGGCAGAGUUUUCGUGGCUACCAUGGGAAAGCCUCUCGCCUGGAAAGAAGUGGUUCUUUCUGAAGCUAUUAUCUCCGACCUCGGGUCCUAUCACGUUGUGAAAAGCCCUGCAAGGGAUACCGCACUCAUCGGCAGUACAACAGGAAAGCUCUACCUGUACCAGGAAGGACACCAGGUCUCCGAGCUAGCCCAGUUCCCUGCCAAAGUAUCAGACAUCAUCCUGCUGGACAGCUCGCCUACGCACUCGCUCUCCGACGAUGAGCAUCCCCCUGGGCCCUGGUCCGUUAUCAUAACAGUCCUCGGCCUCGAUCACGCUUUAAUCCUCAGCUUCGAUCCCUCAAGCAACAUCUGCACCAUUGACCCACGCAAAAUCCUCCUCCCGGAGCACUACAUCGUCACUUCCGCCGCAUUUGUUUCCCAGACUCUCAUCCUCGGCUCCCGCACCGGUUAUGUGACCGUUUAUACGACCGACCCGCAAACUGCCGACUUCACCCCGCUCACCUCCCGCAAAGACACCAAAACCAAAGACGCCAUCACCUGCAUCAUAGCGCUCCCCGGGCAAACACCAACACCUCCACUACCGACAACAACAAUCACACCACCUACCAACUCCAACCCCCAUCCCCACGGUAACUUCUCAUUCCUGACCACCUGCCGCGACGGUAAAUAUCGCAUCUACACCCUCACCCUCACCCCUCACCCCUCAUCCUCACAGACCCUGCCACAACUACACCUCCAGCACGAAAUCGCCCCGCCGCUGGGGACCAUCGAAUCCGCCUUCUUCACCACCCCCACCACCCCCACCACCCCUUCCCCAUCAUCCCCAUCCCCUCACAAUUCCAUCCCAACCACCACCACAAAGGCCAAGCACCAGCACCGACCGCACCUAAUCCUGCACGGCUUCCGCAACAGGGACUUUGUCGCCCACGACGCCACGGCCCGCACCACGCUGGCCUCGGUCGAGUGCGGCGGCGCCCACAGGCCCUUUGCUGCCGUUUCGCCCCGGCACGAUCCGGGACAGUUGAGGCUGGUGUUUUCGCGUGCUGAUAGGUUAAGGGUGUAUUCCCAGGGUGGUGCGGGACGGGUUGUGUUGGGGGGUGGUGGUGGUGGUGGAGGAGGAGGCGGGCAUGGGAGGGAGAUCAAGGCCGUUGCUGCAGCUGCUUCUUCUUUAACAUCAUCCUCCCCCUCGGGUGGGGGUGGUAGUAGCCGGGGACUGGUGGCAACCGGGGCGGAGGAUACCGUCAUUCGGAUCUGGAGGGACCAUACCGGAGGAGGGGGUGAGACCAAAGAGAGAAUGGGCAUGGGCAUGGGCAUGCAGUGCCUUGCUGUGAUCGAGGGCCAUUCAGCGGGCAUCCAGGCGCUGAGGUGGUUCGGGGACACAUACCUCCUCAGCAGCGCGGGGAGCGAGGAGUUGUUUGUCUGGCGUGUUACUGAGCUUAGCAGGUCGCUGUCGGAGGGGGAUGACGGGGGAUACGAUGCGCUGGCGGUCGUGAGGGAGGCUGUCUGGGAUGACAAGACGGCCGAUGAGGACUUGAGGAUCGUGGACUUUGAUGUUGCUGAAUGGGACGCGGGGAAGGUGCUCGUGACCAUGGGCCUAUCGGAUUCAGCGGUGCGGAGCUAUGUUUAUUCUCCCGCCGAUGGUACCAGUUCUGGGUCCAAUCCGGGAGAUCGAAGGACAGGCGGGGACUUCACGUUGCUGGCCAGCGGGCGGUAUACUGGCGCGUGUCCAACCCAAGUCAGGCACCUACGGACAGGUGGAGGGGAGGUGCAUGUUUUGAUGGCCUAUACCGACGGGCACAUGGCUGUUUGGAGGACGCGACAACAGCCAGAUGAGGGGGCAGAACACGGAGCAUUUGAACUGUCCCUGGCCGUGAAGCUCCACCAGAGCAGCAUAAAGGGUCUUGAUCUCUCGACAGCCGCGGGUUCGGCGCGAUGGCUCGUUGUCACGGGCGGCGAUGACAACGCACUCGGCUUCAUGAACCUGGCGUGGGAUGGAGCUAAAAGUGAAUAUUCCGUUAUCGGGAGAUAUAGGGUCAAGAAUGCGCAUGCGGCUGCCAUUACAGGCCUUUGCAUGGUAAGGCAGGAUCCGGCGUGCACUGAGGUUGCGACCCUCAGCAAUGACCAGCGCGUCAAACUUUGGAGAGUAAAAACGGAUGGCACUGCCGAGGAUAUCCGGGUUUCACUACUGGAUAGUCGGUAUAGCUCGGUCGCCGACGCUGGUGAUCUCGAGCUUGUUGCUCCCGGCAGGGUUAUGAUUGGGGGGGUUGGCCUGGAAGUGUGGAAUGUGUCGGCAAGCGGGAUAGAAGAGCACAGAUAG